AUGGCUCGGGAUUCGGAUCCCUUCUGCGAAGGGCCGCUCUUAAAGCUGCUACCCUUAGACGUUAGAGACCGGGGCACCCAGCGCUGCCGUCUGGGCCCGGCCGCCUUCCACGCCCUGGGCGCGCGUUUGGGCUCGGCAGUGAAGAUCUCCCUGCCUGACGGCGGCUCCUGCCUGUGCACUGCCUGGCCUCGGCGGGACAGAGCCGACUGCUUUGUGCAGCUGGACCCGCUGUGCGCAAGCCCCGGGGUGGCGGUCACGGCUUCGAGAUCGCGGAGGAGUCUCAGCCUGAGCCACCUCCUCCUAGUGCCCUGUCCGCCCCUGCGGCGCGUCGCGGUGUGGCCGGUGUUGCGAGAGCGGGCAGGCGCGCCCUGUGCCCCGAGUACAGCUGCGGUGCUGGAGGCGGCGCAGGAGCUGUUGAGAAACCGACCGGUUUCCCUGGGCCACGUGGUGGUCGCUCCACCGGGCGCUCCGGGCCCCGUGGCUGCCUUGCACAUCGUCGGCGGGACGCCCAGCCCCGACCCCGCUGGGCUGGUCACGCCUCGUACACGCGUCGGCCUCAGCGAGGAGUCUCCAUCUGAAUCCCGGCCGCAGUCUGAGGUGCCCCUGGGGGGGCUUUCGGAGGCUGCCGACUCGCUGCGGGAGCUCCUCCUCCUGCCGCUCCGCUACCCCCGCACCCUGGCGGCGCUGGGCUUAGCAGUGCCCCGCGGAGUGCUCCUGGCGGGACCCCCCGGAGUGGGCAAGACCCAGCUGGUGCGGGCCGUGGCACACGAGGCGGGCGCGGAGCUGCUGGCAGUCAGCGCCCCCGCGCUUCAGGGCUCCCGGCCUGGGGAGACCGAGGAGAACGUGCGGCGGGUCUUCCAGCGCGCCCGGGAGCUAGCCAGUCGGGGGCCCAGCCUCCUCUUCCUGGACGAGGUGGACGCCUUGUGUCCCCGGCGGGGCAGUCAAGCACCCGAGAGCCGCGUAGUGGCCCAGGUGUUGACGCUGCUGGACGGCGCCAGUGGGGACCGCGAGGUCGUGGUUGUGGGAGCCACCAACCGACCGGACGCUGUAGACCCGGCACUGCGCAGACCCGGGAGAUUUGACCGCGAGGUGGUCAUUGGGACUCCCACACUUAAACAAAGAAAGGAAAUUCUGCAAGUGAUUACCUCAAGGAUGCCCAUUUCCAGUCAUGUUGAUUUGGGCCUUCUUGCGGAAAUGACAGUUGGCUAUGUUGGCGCUGAUCUGACAGCACUCUGUAGGGAGGCUGCCGUGCAUGCCCUCCUUCAUAGUGAGAAGAACCAGGACAAUCCUAUGAUUGAUGAAACAGACUUCCUUGAAGCUUUUAAAAAUAUUCAACCCUCAUCAUUUCGAAGCGUCAUUGGAUUGAUGGAUAUCAAGCCUGUUGACUGGGAGCAGAUUGGUGGCCUUGAAGAUGUAAAACUGAAGUUACAGCAGAGCAUUGAGUGGCCUCUGAAAUUCCCUAAGGAAUUUGUUAGGAUGGGCCUGACACAACCAAAGGGAGUUCUUCUCUAUGGGCCCCCUGGAUGUGCUAAAACCACUCUGGUGAGGGCCCUGGCCACAAGCUGUCACUGCUCUUUUGUUUCAGUGAGUGGAGCUGAUCUCUUUUCACCAUUUGUUGGAGAUUCAGAAAAAGUCUUGUCUCAGAUAUUUCGACAAGCAAGAGCAAGCACUCCAGCAAUUGUGUUUUUGGAUGAAAUUGAUUCAAUUUUGGGAGCUCGCUCAACCAGCAAGACAGGAUGUGAUGUUCAAGAACGAGUUCUUUCUGUUCUCCUGAAUGAAUUAGAUGGUGUUGGACUUAAGACAAUAGAGAGAAGAGGAAAUAAAUCAAGUCAACAGGAGUUUCAAGAAGUUUUUAACCGAAGUAUCAUGAUUGUUGCAGCAACAAAUAGACCUGAUGUGUUAGAUGCUGCUUUGUUACGACCUGGAAGAUUAGAUAAGAUCAUCUAUAUCCCUCCUCCAGAUCACAAGGGCAGGCUUUCUAUUUUAAAAGUUUGCACAAAAACCAUGCCAAUAGGGCCUGAUGUCUCCUUAGAAAACCUGGCAGCAGAAACCUGUUUUUUUUCUGGAGCUGAUCUUAGAAACCUCUGCACAGAAGCUGCUUUGCUGGCUCUGCAAGAAAACGGACUGGAUACAACCACAGUGACACAAGAGCACUUUCUAAAAUCACUUAAGACUGUAAAACCAUCGUUAAGUCACAAGGACUUGGCUUUAUAUGAAAACUUAUUUAAGAAAGAAGAAUUUUCUAACUUGGAAGAUAUUUAAAAAUUACCUUACACGCUUGUCAUUAAGUCGGGAGGACCUGACUUUAUAUGUAAACUUAUUUAAGAAAAGGAUUUUCUAACUUGUAAGAGGUUAACAGUUGCCCUACACCCUUUUUCAGUUGUUCACAUUAAUUGAAAUGUGAACUUGCCUGUUUGCAGCUUCACACUUUUAAAAUUUGUGUUUGUAUUUCAUAUUUAAAAAAAAAAACAAAAACAACUUAUGCCUGAUAAGGCUCAUUUUUUUUUCAAAAAGGCACAUUAAAAAAAUA